AUGCCAUUCGUGACCGUACCGGGAGGAAAGAAAAGGAGAAUCGGUAUUGGAGAUAUCACAAAAGAAGACAUCGAUUUACCAUUAUACGAUCUGGCCGCUAUUGUAAGUGCCACGAACAACUUCUCUGAUGACAAUGUGAUUGGGACUGGCGGGUUCGGUCCUGUUUACAAGCGAAAUCUUCAAACAGGACAGCUGGCAGCUGUCAAGAGGCUAUCGAGGAGUUCAGGGCAAGGUCUUGAAGAGUUUAAGACUGAAGUGCUUUUGAUUGCACGACUUCAACACCGGAAUAUUGUUGGACUUCUAGGUUGUUGCAUUGAGGGAGAGGAGAGAAUCUUGCUUUACGAGUACAUGGAUAACAAGAGCUUGAAUUACUUCAUAUUUGAUCAAGAACAUAGCCUGUUGUUGACAUGGCAAAGACGGUUUGACAUUGUUGUUGGUAUUGCAAGAGGACUUGUCUAUCUCCACCAUGAUUCCAAACUUCAAGUAAUCCAUAGAGAUCUUAAAACAAGCAACAUAUUACUAGAUGGCGACCUAAAUCCUAAAAUCUCCGACUUUGGCUUGGCUAGAAUCUUUGGAGCUAAUGAAAAAGAAGCGAGAAUAGAAAGAGUCAUUGGAACUCACGGCUAUAUGGCCCCAGAGUAUGCUUUAGAUGGUAAAUUCUCUUUAAAGUCGGACAUAUACAGCUUUGGCGUGCUCUUGUUGGAGAUAAUCAGCGGCAAAAGGAACAGAGGAUUUUCCCAUCCAAGCCAUCACCACAACCUUCUCGGACAUGCAUGGUUGCUUUGGGGUGAAGGUAGGGCCUUGGAAAUAAUGGAUGAAUGCCCGCACAACUCAUUUGACAAAACCCAGGUGGAAAGAUGCAUUCAAGUGGGCUUGUUGUGUGUACAAAAGUUCCCCGAAGAUAGGCCGGUCAUGUCGUCUGCAAUUUGUAUGAUAGUCAAUUGUGGAUUGAUCCUGCCUGAACCUAAAGAGCCCAGUUAUUUCAUGGAAAGAAACUCGCGGUACUCCGAUGGGGCAUCACCCAAGGGGGACUUACAUUCGCAAAAUGCAAUCAGUUUGACUAUGCUGGAAGGCCGGUAUGCUUUUUGUGGUACUGGAGUCGAAACUUCGGUAUUGCUAUAG